UUCCUUCCUUUUUUUUUUUUUUUUAUCCUCAUUUUGUCCUAUUUAUUUAUUUAUUUUCUUUUUUAAAUUUGAUUUCUGGAAAAUUGAAUUUAUUAUAUUAUCAGAAGGAUCGAUUGAUCACUCGAUCUAUCGUUCUAAUCUAUCAUUAACGAUCGUUCGUUCUUCGUUGCACACGGUAGCCGCAGAGUUAAAGAUAAUUUAAGGAAGAGAUUAAAGGAAACUCGUGAUAACCGUGAACGAUCCGUGAUCCAUUGGAGCAAAGAUGUCGCACGACAAUUUAGGAUUUACAGCGAGUACGGAUGCUUUGGAGCCGAAAGGAUGGCACUCAAAUUCCAUACCGAUGCAACAUAAAAACCCACAAAAGAAUAACCGGUCGAGUAUUUAUACGUUGGAGCUCGAAGAAAAGAAGAAAGGUAUACAAGAAUACGACGAUGAUUAUGAACCAUACGACCAUAGAACGGUGGCACAUCCGACCACAAAUGUGGAGACUUUAUUCCAUCUAUUAAAAGGUAGCUUAGGUACUGGUAUUCUUGCAAUGCCAAUGGCCUUUCACAAUUCGGGAUACGUGUUAGGCAUGAUCGCUACAAUAAUUAUAGGUCUACUUUGUACAUAUUGCAUGCGAAUACUCGUUACUUCGAUGUAUGAUCUGUGUAAAAGAAAAAAAGUAGGAUCCAUGACUUAUCCAGCGACCAUUGAAGCUGCACUUGAGGAAGGUCCGGUAUGUUUGAGGCGGUUUUCGAAAUCAUCGAUACACGUAACAAACACUUUCCUUCUGAUUUAUCAACUGGGCAGCUGUUGUGUCUACGUCGUGUUCAUUGCAAAUAAUUUAAAAAGGGCAUUCGACAGUUUUCUUCCCGAUCACGUCAAGAUUUAUAUGACCGAUAAAAUAUACAUGGUACUUAUACUGUUGCCAUUGAUAUUUAUCAAUUGGAUUAAAAAUUUAAAAUUUUUGGUACCCUGUUCGAAAGUUGCCACUGUCGCAACAUUCGUCAGUUUUAGUAUCAUACUGUAUUACAUAUUUAAGGAUCCUUUAUCCUUUGACGAUCGUGAACCAAUUGGAAAGAUCGAAAAUUUUCCACUUUACUUUGGCACUGUAUUAUUUGCUCUCGAAGCUAUAGGCGUGAUAAUGCCAUUGGAGAACGAGAUGAAGACGCCUAGACAUUUUGCAGCUCCAUGUGGUAUUUUAAAUGUUGGUAUGGGCACCAUCGUCAUUUUAUACGCCGGAAUGGGAUUUUGUGGAUACAUACGUUAUGGUAGCGACAUCAAAGGCAGCAUCACCUUGAAUCUUUCGUCUACGGAGGCAUUAGCAAAAAUUGUACAACUUCUUCUUGCAUUGGCCAUUUAUUUCACCCAACCGAUUCAAUGUUAUGUCGCGAUCGAUAUAGUAUGGAACGAGUAUCUUAGUUCACGUUUAGAAAAAAAUUCAUACAGAAAGUUAUGGGAAUAUCUUGUCAGGACUGGCCUUGUACUCAUCACAGCUCUACUGGCCAUCGCAGUCCCAAGCUUAGAAUAUUUUAUAUCGCUAUUCGGUGCCCUGUGUCUCUCAGCUCUUGGUUUAGGAUUUCCUGCGAUCAUUCAACUCUGUACAUGUUGGAAGGAUGCCGAUCGAUCGACCAAGGCGUUCAUGCUUAUAAAAAAUUUAAUCAUUGUUGCGAUCGGAGUUAUUGGUUUGGUCGUUGGAACUUACAUGAGUUUACGAGAGAUCUUCGAGAAGGUCAUAUUGAAGAGCACAAAUUGAUCGAUCGAUGAUUAAGGGAGAAAAAGAAACAAAAUAAAAAAAAUAACAAGAAAAGAGAAUAAUUAUUCAUGAAUGAAAUUUGACUAGUGAGAGUAUAACCGGAAUGCUCUCAGUCACGGAGAUAGUAACCGGGAAUAAAAUUGUGAUAUAUAUAAUAUAUGUAUGUAUUUGUACAAUCAAGAGGUUCGAAUAUGUAUAAUAAUAUUUUUUCCGUCGUACAGGGAUAAAACUAAAAUUAACAACUACGUCGUAAUAUAGAAUUUAUGAAAUUGAUCAUCGACCUGGACGGCAACAAGAUAAUUCGAUACCCUCGAGAAUCUUGGUGCGAGAUUAACGAUCUUAUUAUAUCUUAUUUUUAAAAUAAUAAUAACGAUAAUAAUAUUAAUAAUAAUAAUAAUAAUGCGCCGAUUGAAUCGUGCCGUCGACUACCGAAUAGUAUCUUUCUUUCUUUCUUUUUUUUUCUCUUUUCGUUUUCCUUUUUGUUCUUUCUUUUUUUUUAUUUUUCGAUGAAAGCGAGUAAAUCAACAAAAACAAAAAAACAUAAAGAAAAAGGAAAGAAGAAGAAAAUAAAUAACACGAGGAAUGAAGUUCCCGAAAUGCGUCCUAUUAUUGAUGUACAUAUGUCACUUAUACGUGACCAAUCGUAAAAAAUCUUACACUAUGAAGUCGUCGACGAAUUAUAUAUAUAUAUAUAAUAUAUGUGACAAAGAAAAGAAAUAAUUCAUACUGAGUCGAUCGUUUUGAUAAAAUCUCUGUACAUAUAUCUAUUUGUCUCUCUCUCUCUCUCUCUGUAUUUCUCUUUUUUCUCUCUCUCUCUCUCUCUCUCUCUAUCUCUCUUUCUUUACUACAUAUGUAUAUCGAAUUUGAGCGAUUCUUAGCUCGAUCGUGUACGUUGUACGUAAAUUUUUUUCUGUUCUUUUUCUGUUUUUUUUUUUUUUGUUUUUUUUUUUUUUUUUUUUUAUACUAUA